AUGGAAGGCGAGAGCUCACUCGCUGCAAGUGGAGCUGUGAAAGUACCUGGAGAUGCCGGAUAUCUAGGUACGUUCCCAGUCUUUAAUAAGACCAAUUAUCCAGUGUGGGUGAUGCAUAUGCAACUCCACUUAGAGGCUCACAGCUUAUGGGAUGCUAUUGAGUCGGAGACAAUAGCAAGGAAGAAGGAUCGGCAAGCCCUCUCCGUGAUGCUUGAAGCCGUGUCGGAAGACAUCCAGAGACAACUCAACAUCACAAAAAUGGCAAAAGAAACUUGGGAGCUUUUCAAAGCGACGUAUGUGAGUGACUCGUCUCACGAAAUCAAAACUUCAACGUCUCAGGUGAGAAUUUGAGAUGCUUCAAAUGGGGGAUGAUGAAACUGUGACAGACUUCGUCGGAAAACUGUCACGAGUUGUCACUCAAAUCAGACAUUUUGGGUGAAAAGCUGGAGGAAGGUGUAGUUGUCGUCAAGCUUCUUCGAGCAAAACUAGGGAGAUUUGAUCUAAUUACGACGUCUCUCGAUCAUUCUGGCGACAUCGACUCCAUGUCAUUUGAAGAAGUAGAGGGAUCUCUUAAGAUCUACGAAGAGAAGCUCAAGUUCCGUCAGCAGGAAAAGGAAGAACAAGUCCUUCUUUCUCACAGACUUGAGAAAAUAAGUGGUGGACCUGCCCGCGGCAGGGGACGUGGUCGAGGUCGUGGGUGGCUGAGGAAGAGGAAGAAGUAA